GUGUUUCGCAUAAAGUUUAUGCGCGAUCUCCGCUUGAUGGUAAAGGGCCUGAUUGCCGGCGUGAGGACGCUGGCUUUGGCUUUUGUGCUCUUGUUCGCGGUGUUGUACGUCAUCUCGGGCUUCGCAGCGAUGACGAUCGGGAACAGCGAAGAAGUCGCGAAGAUUGGGCUCGACGGCUUCUUCUACAACAUCCCUGCCUCUAUGUACACAGCCUUCAGGUGCUUUACAGGGGAAUGCACAACGAACGACGGCGCGCCCAUCCAUUCGCUGUUGGCCGAUGUGUUUGGCUUGCCUUUCAUAGCCUGCUACGUAGUCAGUUACAUGCUGGUGACAAUGGGCAUCUUCAACCUGAUAUUGGCCGUAUACGUCGACAUAACGAUGAAAGCAGCGAAGGAGAAUGAUGCCGUCACGGCAGAGCAGUACUCGCGGGAGUCCAUCCGUAUCGCCCGAACAACGCGUGAGCUGUUGAAGAAGUUCUCCUCGGCUUAUCACGUCUUCCAUGAAAUGGAGGAUUCCGUGAAGCACUCUAACACGAUCGACUGGAUGAAGGCGAGCGUCUUCACUGAGGAGGGGAUGGACAAGAUAGCCAUCACCAAGGAGCUCUUCUUGCUGAUCAUACAAGACCGCGUGGUGCAGAAGCUGAUGGACGAUUUGGAUCUACCCCCAGACAGGGCUAAUCUCUUCGAAAUUAUUGAUGCCGACGGAAGCGGCACCCUUCAAAUAACGGAGCUCUUGCAUGGCUUGUUAAAGAUCCGGGGCGAGAUCAACAAAAGCGAUGCUGUAGCUACACUUCUGGCAACCCGGUCAGUGCAGACCUUGAUCACCGAAAUGAAAGCAGACACCAACCGGAAGUUGGAUACGCUUCGGUCCGAGUUGGUGGAGCAGCUAACCCGACUGCGCAAGAGCAGCAUAAAUCGGACCCUCGCCUCUUCAAAGGUGGAGGAGGAAAAGCAGAAACCCCCAGCUCCAGCUGUUUUGGAGCUGAGGCUGCCUUGUAAGCCAUCUGCCUGCGAGGAGGAUCCGAGGAUCCCCGUGUGGCCUGCCAGCCCCACCUCAAGAAUGAAUGACUAG